AUGACAGCGGCUAUAGACUUCGAAGCAAUUCCGGGCAAUUCACAUCUUGUCAACUUCAAUGAAAAGAAGAAAGAUGGUGACCGGCAGGGAAAAAUCGUUUUCAUCCCUACACCUUCUGACGAUCCUGACGAUCCACUUAAUUGGACGCCGCUCCGCAAGUGGACCGCGGUCGCUUGUGUUUUGGUAUACACUCUAGGGGCCUGUAUCCCCACGGCUGCUAUAUACUCGGUGCUUCCCAAUAUCGAAGCCAAUACUACUAUCACGCUGAGCGAACUUAACAACGGUACUGGUUACAUGUUUUUGUUUUUGGGUAUUGGAUGUCUUGUGUUUCAACCACUGGCAUUGCAAUAUGGUAAAAGACCAGUUUAUCUUUUUUCUAUGCUUGCCACUGCUAUGAUAUGUGUGUGGCCCCCUUACACCAAGUCUAAUGGUGAAUGGAUCGCUUCGAAGAUCUUGCAAGGUUUUGUCGGAUCAUCUAUGGAGUCACUUCCAGAAAUAUCAAUGAGUGACCUUUUCUUUGAGCAUGAAAGGUCUUUUGCAUUGUCUCUAUAUGGGUUGACCUUAUUGUGUGCUUCAUUCCUGGCCCCCUUUGUUGCAGGAUUUAUUUCUGAAGGUCAAGGCUGGGAAUGGGUUAUGUGGUGGUGUGCUAUCUUUGGAGCCGUUUGUUUCCUUUUCUUAUUCUUUUUUAUGGAAGAGACCAACUAUGACCGUAAAUUGAAAGUGGAUGCGACCACUGGGGAGGUUAUUACUUUGGCAUCUCGUCAGCAGCAGCUGGGUUCUGUCUUCACUAACAUUGACGAGGUUAUGGGUCACAAUUCUAAAGCUGACCAACUCGGUGAGAAAAAUGAAUCCCAAUCGAAUGCCAUGGACGCUUCAUCGCAUACAGAUGAUUAUACGGAGAACGUAAACAUUGUGAACCAAACAAGUAAUGUGGAAGUUGUUAAUUCCAAUUACUACGCACCCGCUUAUCAUGGAACUAAGACUUACUGGCAAAAAUUGUCUUUGUUCAGUGGUAGAAGAAAAAAGUUUCUUCUUCAGCAUUACGCCUUUGCGCCCUUUCUCAUGGUUCGUUUCCCAGUGGUUGUAUGGGCUGGGUUUCUUUACGGUAGCUCCCUUGUGUGGUUUAAUGUUUUGAAUGCGACAGCUGCCCUAAUCCUUGGUGGUUCUCCUUAUAACUUUUCCUCGAGUAUAGUGGGUGUUGCUUAUCUUUCGCCGACUACAUUCAGUGUUAUUCUUUUCUUUAUGUCAGGUAUGUGCUCUGAUUGGCUCAAGGUGCGUAUCGCGCUUUGGAGAGGAACUGGCUUAAGUAAACCAGAAGAUAGGCUUUGGAUUCUACUUUUAUAUUGCAUUCUCGGCUGCUUCGCUUGCAUUCUAUGGGGGGUCGGUGCGUACUACGAAAUCCAUUGGUUUGGCCUUGUUUUCGGAAUGGGCCUCUUGGGAGGCUGUGGAAUCUUCGCAAUUGCUUCCUCAGCGACUUAUGUGGUGGACACAUAUAAGGAGCUUGACACAGAGGCAAUGGUUGUUGUGAUUUUAAUCCGUAACUGUAUGUCUUUUGCUGUAAGUUACGGGAUUACGGACUGGGUUACAGAUCUAGGUUACAAAAGAUGUUUCAUCAGCGUCGCGUUCCUAUGUUUGGCUGCCAACCUCACAUUUCUUCCAAUGGUCUUCUUUGGACCCUGGAUUCGGAAUCGCCAGAAACACAUGUAUUGGUCGAUGGUGGACAAAUAUAGGAAGCUCGGUAUGCAUUGA